UUUGGUGCUGUUUUCACCGACAUCCAAGUGACAGCUAAAAUCCCUAGAAUUAAAAUUUACGAAUCAUUUUGCCGACUUGUCUCCCAUAAACAAAGCGUAAAAUGUCGGUUUUGUGCCCCGAAAUUGCGCCCCCAGGUUUUUCAUUCGCCAACUGCAAGCGAAAUGCUACCCUCGAAAGUAAAGGCUUUCCGGUGCCCAAAGCCACCAAAACCGGGACCACAAUUGUGGGAAUCACUUACAAAGACGGGGUGAUUCUGGGGGCUGACACCCGAGCCACAGAAGACACCACCGUGUCGGAUAAAAACUGCGAAAAAAUCCACUACCUCGCCUCCAAUAUGUAUUGUUGCGGGGCUGGGACUGCGGCCGACACGGAACAAACCACCCAAAUGAUUUCCUCGCAACUCGAGCUGCACCGUUUGUUCACCAAUCGAACCCCCCGAGUGGCCACCGCCAACCAAAUGCUUAAACAGUACCUCUUCCGCUAUCAGGGGUACAUUGGCGCAGCCCUAGUUCUUGGGGGAGUGGACGUCACUGGGCCCCACUUGUAUUCAAUUUACCCGCACGGUUCCACAGAUAAACUGCCGUACACUACCAUGGGAUCAGGCUCUCUUGCCGCAAUGGCAGUGUUUGAGUCGCGCUGGAAGCCCGAUUUGGACGAAGAGGAAGGGGUCAAGUUGGUACGGGAUGCUAUCGCCGCUGGUAUUUUCAACGAUUUGGGGUCGGGGUCUAACGUGGACGUGUGCAUAAUUCGGAAGGGGUCUGUUGAUUAUCGCCGCACUUACGACGAGGCCAACAAAAAGGGGGUCCGCCAGUCGUCCUACCAGUACCCCAAAGGGACCACUGCGGUUUUAAAAAGUAAAGUAAUCAAGGUUGAUGUGGUUGACGUUGCCGUUCAUCCCAUUGAGGCCGAACAGAUGGACACGGCUUAAAUCAAUUAAAUGUUUUUCACAUAAAUACAUUUAUUCAGUUCAUAAUAAAAUAUAUAAAAAUGA